CAACUCAGGAUGCGAGUGGAGAGCGGAGGAGAGGGGAAGAAAGAGGGGGAAGCGCCGAUGGAAAAGUGUCCAGGGCUCGGUUAACAAGAAGACAAGGAUACCGGCCCGCUUCAGUUUGUCCUGGGGCACCCGGCGAUGAGAGAUUCACCGAAAGGGGCACUUUGAGAUAUGAUGAGAUUUAUUUCUGGUCGGCAAUAGUACUAUGAUUUGGUAUGUGGCCACUUUGAUAGCAAGUGUAUUCAGCACCCGAGGAACGGCCGCUCAAGGUGCCCACGGAGUGCGAGAGGAGCCCCAGUUUGUGACAGCACGUGCAGGAGAAAACGUCAUCCUGGGAUGCGACGUUUCCCAUCCCUUGAACGGCCAGCCCUAUGUGGUGGAGUGGUUCAAGUAUGGAAUGCCCAUCCCUUUCUUCAUCAACUUUCGCUUCUACCCUCCUCAUGUGGACCCGGAAUAUGCUGGCCGGGCCAGUCUGCAUGGCAAGUCCUCCCUGCGGAUAGAGGAUGUGCGUUCAGACGACCACGGCUGGUAUGAGUGUAAGGUGCUGAUGUUGGAGCAGCAGUAUGACACCUUCCACAACGGCAGCUGGGUGCAUCUAACUGUUAACGCCCCCCCAACUUUCACAGAUACACCACCUCAGUACGUGGAGGCCAAGGAGGGGGGGAGCAUCACUUUGACCUGUAUAGCCUUUGGGAAUCCCAAACCCUCAGUCAGCUGGUUGCGGGAAGGUAGUCUCAUGGUCAGCAGUGCCAAGUAUAAGGUGUCCGAUGGGAGUUUGACGGUGCUAUCCAUCACCCGGGAAGAUCGGGGGGCCUACAUGUGUCGAGCCUUCAGCCCCCAGGGAGAGGCUAUUCACACCACACGGCUGCUAGUACAAGGCCCUCCGUUUAUUAUAUCACCACCGGAGAACAUUACAGUGAACAUCUCACAGGACGCCUUCUUCACCUGCCAGGCAGAGGCCUACCCUCGCAACCUAACCUACACAUGGUUCUGGGAAGAGGACAACGUCUUCUUCAAGAAUGACCUAAAGCGCAGAGUCAGUAUUCUCAUAGACGGCUCCCUAAUAAUUGCCCACGUCAAGCCAGAAGAUGCUGGGAAAUACACGUGUGCUCCAAGCAACAGCCUGGGCCGACCACCGACUGCCUCUGCCUACCUAACAGUGCAAUAUCCUGCCCGUGUGGUAAACAUGCCAUCAGUCAUCUACGCAGCCAUUGGUCUGCCUGGCUUCAUUCGCUGUCCUGUAGAUGCCAACCCCCCUGUAACUCUGGUUAAGUGGAAAAAAGAUGGCCUCCCUCUGCGGAUAGAUAAGUACCCUGGUUGGAGUCAAAUGGAAGAUGGGAGCAUCCGUGUGGCAGAGGUGACGGAGGACUCUCUUGGCACCUAUACCUGCAUGCCUUACAAUGCCCUGGGUUCCAUGGGAUGGUCGCCUCCUGCUCCCCUGGUGCUAAAGGACCCUCCCAAAUUCUCAGUGGUUCCUGGAGGGGUGUACAGGCAGGAGGCUGGAAGAGAACUGGUCAUCCCCUGUGAAGCAGAGGGAGACCCUUUUCCCAACAUCACAUGGAGGAAGGUAGGGAAGCCCAGUAAAAGCAAGCACAAUGUUCUGCCCCGAGGCAGCUUACAGUUGAAGUCACUCACAAAGGAGGACCAUGGGGAGUGGGAGUGUGUCGCCACCAAUGUUGCCACGAGCAUCACUGCCAGCACGCACGUCCAAGUCAUAGGCACAAGCCCCCACGCCCCCACCAAUGUCCAUGUGGCUCCGUUCUCCACUUUGGCCAAUGUGUCUUGGGAAGCAGGAUAUAAUGGAGGUUUCCAGCAGACAUUCUCAGUCUGGCUGAAGAGGGAGCGUUUAGGUCCGUAUGACUGGCUUUCCAUACCUGUGCCUGGAGGCCACGACUGGAUGGUGGUGCCCGGCUUAGAGCCAGAGACAACAUACCAGUUUAGCAUCCUGGCCCAAAACAAGCUUGGCACAGGCCCCUUCAGCGAGGUUGUCACUGUGAACACACUAGUAUUUCCCACAAGUACCCCUGAACCAUUGGUGCUGCUUACCCCACCACGGUGCCUCACAGCCAAUCGCACGCAGCAGGGAGUCCUGCUCACCUGGAUUCCGCCUGCCAAUCACACAGCACCUAUCCAGCAUUAUGUCAUGGAGUUUCGCCUGGGGGAGCGAUGGGAGGUCUUGGACGACAGCAUUCCUGCAGGGGAGACAGAGUUGGUUGCCCGAGAUCUCAUCCAGGAGGCAUGGUAUGAGUUCCGCGUCAUGGCCAUCAUGGAUGACAUGAUCAGCGAGCCUAGUAACGUAGUUGGAGUGUCCAGCACAGAUUUCUUUCCUCCUCCAGAGUUGGUGGAGGAGCGUGGACUGGCACGGCCUGUGGUGGCUGGUAUUGUGGCCACCAUCUGCUUCUUGGCAGCAGCUGUCCUUUUCAGUACCAUGGCUGCCUGCUUUGUCAACAAGCAGCGGCGGAGAAAACUCAAGAGGAAAAGAGACCCCCCUCUUUCAAUAACUCACUGCAGAAAAAGCCUGGAAACUCCGUCAUCUUCAGGAAAGGUGAGCCCAGAGAGCGUUCGUUCAAAGGCAUCUCCAUCAGAAUCAUCUGAAGAUAGUCAUGACCAGCGUGGAAAAAAACCACCCCCAAGUCCAGGGAAGAAGGAGGAAUUAUCUCUAUACAAAAAGACCAAAAGAGCAAUAACAAGCAAGAAAUACAGCAUCCCCAAGCAUGAAGCUGAAGCAACAACACCCAUUGAACUCAUCAGUCGAGGCCCAGAUGGACGUUUUGUUAUAGAUCCUACAGACAGAGAAAUGUCUGUCAAACCCCGGCGAAUUGAGGGCUUCCCAUUUGUGGAAGAAUCAGACCUAUAUCCUGAAUUCCGACAGUCAGAUGAAGAGAAUGAUGACGCUAGGGCUCUUCCACCAGUUAUGCCCCCCUUGCGGCCUCACCAGAUCUCCCCUAUCUCCAGUCAGGAAUCCUACCUGCAACCUCCAGCCUACAGCUCUCAUUUCCACAGGCCCUUCGAAGGUAUGACCAUCAUGGAGAGCAGUCGGCUCCAGGCCACUGGGCAGAUCCGAGGCUCUCUCCACCACAGGGCUUUUUAUGGCUAUCUAGGUCCUCCUGGAGAUCAUGAUCCUCCACCUCCUUUUUACAUGCCAGAUACCAGCCCACUUAGCUCUGUCAUGUCCUCCCCUCCAUACCUUGCUGAGGGUCCUUUUGGCCACGCUAUGAUUCCUGAAGAAAUGGGAGAAAGUGAUUUUCCGCAAUAUGCUGUCUCUGGUUUUCCACUUCCACUGACCCUCACCUCUUCCAUUCGUUCUCCAGAGAUUUGGCAGGGAUUGGAUUUUACCUUUGCAAGUUUGGAGGGACCCCAGUUCAUUUUUCCACCACAUCAACCUUUGCAUCUCCGCCACGAUUCUCCCUAUCCCCCUCCACCUCAUGUUCUUCCCCUUAGUGCUAUCCAGACCUCCUCUCUUCCAAUGCCCACUUAUCCAGCUGUCCUGCCACUGGAGGCCCCAAAGAGCCACUCAAGCAAGUCUCCCAGCAAGGCCAGGCCUCAUGGCUCCCCAGCCAAGCAUUUAGCUAUGCAAGAGGCACAUUUAGGGCAGCUAAGACACACAAGCCAUGGAAUGGGUGUGCCGGUUUUGCCUUACACCGAUCCAAUGGCCCAUAUUGUUCCUAGCACAUUCAGUAGCUUGGACACACGAUGGUUUGAAACCACUCCUCAUUUCAGUCCCAGACAUGCUCGUAGGAUGGAUCCUGGCAUGCAUCAGGUGGUUCUUCAGCCCUCUCGCCUCUCACCCCUCACCCAAAGCCCCCUUAGCUCUCAUGAGGGCUCCCCAGAGAUAGUAGUUCGUCCCAGGCCACGUCCCGGCAUUGUCCAACCUACUAUACCUUCAGAGAUGUCUGAGAUUACCCUCCUCCCUCCUUCCACAGCCAGCUUCUCAAGAAGAUCUUCUCCCUCCUCCUCACCUGCUCAAGCCCAGGGUAGCAGGAGAACAAGCCCCAGCUACCAUUCCCACAUGGCCUUUGCCACCUCUGCAACCAGCUACCCAGCUUCCCAGUCUCCAUCACCCCCCAUGGAAAGCAGCAACAUAUUUGGGCAGAUGCCAUCUCAAAGGAGGACUGAGGAGGAGAUCCUUCCAUCGGAGCCUUCUCCACCCCAGUUGUCAGCUUCAGGAAAACGUCGAGGUGCGCAGAGUGCCCUUUCAGGGUCUGAGAGGAUCGAUGCACUGAGAUACCAACGUAUUAAAAAGGCCAAGAAGAUGACUAUGAACAACAAUAACUCCAAGACCAGAAAGAAAGCAGGUGUCUCCACCUCUCAGACCCAGCAGGCCUACACCUCUCAGGUACUCCAGCCCGAAGAAGCUCUCUACCUCCGCAAAAAGAAGAAACGGCCCAUUCUCCAUGACCCAUAUAUUCGCUUUUCUGCUCUGCUUUACCGUCGUCCAAUUCGGGAGGACCAGAAAGCUAUUUUGGCUAGCAUGGACAACACAGACCUAGACCAUGCCACCCUCCUCUGAAAGUCACAGCUGUGCAAUACAGCUCCCCUUUCCAAAAUGACACUGCACUAGCUACGUCUCAGCUGAAAGAAAAAAGAAUACUUUCACUAGAAUUGUCGCAGUUUAUUACCUACAAAGGGGAGUGGCACAAAAUUUCAGCAUUCAGAUUUGGUUUAUUCCACAGCUGCACCCCUUGGUCAGUUUAGUUUGCAUUAGUAAGCAUUCUGCUGUGUUCAUGAAUUAACCUUGACAAGUCUCAAUUUCUUCAAAAAAAAGCAGAUUAAGAGAAUUAUUAUCAGAAGCCACACAUAUGUUUUUGUUUAAAAAAAAAUCAGAUUAAUGCCAUCUUUGAUUGGAAUUGUGGUUUUGAGGCAUUUCCUCCCCCAAAUUUUGGAUUAUUUGACGUCCUGCUUUGGAGACCCAAAGGCACAGCAAUCUUCUGUUCUAACAUCAAGUAGUAUUCCAUUUAAAAAAAUGUUUAGAGCUCUAAAGAUUUAAGUGAUAACUGACACAU